CGAGCAGCUGCAAGAUGCUCUGUGGCGCAUUUGAUGUUUGUGACAAACGCCAUUGAGAAAAAAUGUCCACGAAAGCGGAACAGUUUGCAUCUAAGGUCCGCUAUUUACAAGAGUACCACAAUCGUGUUCUUCAUAACAUUUAUCCCGUACCAUCUGGAACUGAUAUAGCAAAUACGUUGAAGUACUUUUCACAGACAUUGUUAAGCAUUUUGUCCCGCAUAGGGAGGAAGGACAACCAGGAUGGCUCCAAUUUGACAGUGCCCAUGACUAUGUGUCUUUUUCCUGUGCCAUUCCCACUCACCCCAUCCCUAAGACCACAAGUCAGUUCCAUCAACCCUACUGUUACUCGCUCCCUCCUUUACAGCGUCCUCCGUGAUGCUCCCUCUGAGCGUAGUCAGCAAAGUCGUGAUGCACAGCUUUCAGAAUACCCUUCAUUGGACUAUCAAGGCCUUUAUGUGACACUGGUGACCCUGCUUGACCUGGUUCCUUUGCUACAACACGGCCAACAUGACUUGGGCCAAUCCAUAUUUUAUACUACAGCAUGCUUGCUACCAUUCCUCAGUGAUGACAUUCUGAGUACUUUACCUUACACCAUGCUUUCCACUUUAGCAACAUUUCCUCCAUUUCUUCAUAAGGAUAUAAUUGAAUAUCUGAGCACAUCUUUCCUCCCAAUGGCAAUAUUGGGUUCAUCUAAGCGAGAAGGUGUUCCACCUUAUGUGAAUUAUUCUGCAUCUUCAAUGCUGAUGAUUGCUAUGCAGUAUACGACAAAUCCAGUGUACCAUUGCCAGCUGUUGGAAAGUCUUAUGAAGUACAAGCAAGAAGUCUGGAAAGAUUUGUUGUACGUGAUUGCGUAUGGACCCUCUCAAGUUAAGCCUCCAGCUGUUCAAAUGCUUUUCCACUACUGGCCCAAUUUAAAGCCACCAGGUGCUAUCUGUGAAUACAGGGGACUUCAGUACACAGCAUGGAAUCCAAUUCACUGUCAGCACAUCGAAUGCCAGAAUGCAAUCAACAAACCUGCAGUGAAGAUGUGCAUAGAUCCAUCCAUUUCUGUGGCAUUAGGUGAGAAGCCACCUCCUUUAUACUUGUGUGAAGAAUGCAGUCAAAAGAUUGCAGGAAUCCAAGCUGAUUGGUUAAUUGAUGUGCUGCUACCACAAGCUGAAAUUUCUGCUAUUUGUCAGAAGAAGAAUUGUAGCUCACAUGUUCGGAGAGCCAUUGUUACCUGCUUCUCAGCAGGAUGCUGUGGUCGUCAUGGUAACAGGCCAGUGCGCUACUGCAAAAGGUGCCACUACAACCACCAUAGCAGCGAGAUUGGCGCAGCAGCAGAGACUCAUCUUUACCAGACUUCGCCUCCUCCUAUGAACACCAGGGAGUGUGGUGCAGAGGAACUAGUCUGCACUGUGGAAUCAGUAGUCAGUUUGCUAAAAGAAGCUGAAUAUCAUGCAGAGCAGCGGGAGUUUGAAUUAAAUCGAAGAAGACAAAUGGGGCUGUCCUUAUCCCAACCUUCAUUGGACAAUAUGGAGUAUGAUAACAAGGAUGAUGAUAAAAAUGAUCAGCGGCUAUUAAGUCAGUUUGGAAUCUGGGUUUUGGUUAGUCUUUGCACUCCAAGUGAAAACACACCUACAGAAAGUUUAGCCAGGUUGGUCAGCAUGAUGUUUCAGUGGUUUCAUUCCACUGCCUACAUGCUUGAUGAUGAAGUGGGGAGCCUGGUGGAAAAGCUGAAGCCUCAAUUUGUCACCAAAUGGUUGAAGACUGUUUGUGACAUUCGAUUUGAUGUCAUGGUCAUGUGUCUUCUUCCCAAACCUAUGGAGUUUGCAAGAGUAGGUGGGUAUUGGGACAAGUGCUGCAGCACUGUGACACAGCUAAAAGAAGGCUUGAAUCGAAUCCUGUGCCUUAUUCCAUACAAUGUUAUAAAUCAGGCUGUGUGGGAAUGCAUUAUGCCAGAAUGGUUGGAAUCUAUUCGAACUGAGGUGCCGGAUAACCAGUUAAAAGAGUUUAAGGAAGUUUUAAGCAAAAUGUUUGAUAUUGAACUUUGCCCAUUACCAUUUUCCUUGGAAGAGAUGUUUGGUUUUAUUAGCUGUCGAUUCACUGGCUACCCUGCUUCAGUACAGGAACAAGCUUUACUUUGGCUUCAUGUUUUAUCAGAACUGGAUAUAUUAGUUCCUCUACCGCUAUUGAUUGGUAUGUUUUCUGAUGGAGUGAACUCUGUCAAGGAAUUGGCCAAUCAGAGAAAAGCAAGAGCCAAUGAGCAGCCGGGAAGUCUGACUGCCCGAAGGGUUAGCGUUGUGUCAGAUCCUGGACGGAGAGGCCAACAUUUUACUCUUAGUCCUUUUCCCAGCCCCUUUCGAAGCCCAUUCCGUAGCCCAGUGCGCAGUCCAUUCCGUGGUUGUUUUAAGAAUUUUGGAUCUGCAGGAGGAAGAGCCAUUGACUUUGACUGUGAUGAUGAUGACAUGAACUUAGCUUGCUUUAUCUUGAUGUUUGAUUUGAUAUUGAAACAGAUGGAAUUGCAAGAUGAUGGUAUAGUCCUUGGUCUUGAUCAUGGAUUGUCCAAGGACAUCAUUUCCAUUAUAAACAAUGUAUUCCAGGCACCCUGGGGAGGCUCACAUACCUGCCAGAAAGAUGAAAGAGCAGUUGAAUGCAACCUUUGUCAGUCCAGCAUUUUGUGCUACCAACUAGCAUGUGAACUGCUGGAGCGAUUGGCACCUAAAGAGGAAAUCAAAUUGGUGGAACCCACUGACAGCUUUGAAGAAAGUAUGCUGUUUUCUAGGCCUGAGUUCACCAUAGGUUUUGAAGGAGAAGAUGAAAAUUCAAAAGAGGAGGAAAACCUAAUAUUCAAUAAUGGGUGUGAAGAAAAUCUUGAAACGAAGAAUAAUGCAGAGCAAAAUUUUAAUUGCCAACAACUCCCUGCCACAUUGAAGCUAAUACAUACAAUAUUGCAGGAAAUGCCAAAUUGUGAGGAGCCAGACAUUCUUUUCAACAUGCUCAAUUGUUUAAAAAUACUGUGUCUACAUGGGGAGUGUUUGUAUCUUGCAAGAAAAGAUUAUCCAAACUUUCUUGCUUAUAUUCAAGACACAAUGUUGAUUUCAAGCCUGUGGAAAGUACUUAAGUCUGAAUUCUCACAGCUUGCCUCUGUGGCAAUACCUCUGUUCCUCCACGCACUUUCUCUUUCACAUGGCGCUGAUAUAUUCUGGAACAUCAUUGACAGCAAUUUUAACAGCAAAGAUUGGAAGAUGCGAUUUGAAGCUGUGGAAAAAGUGGUGGUUUUGUGCAGAUUUUUGGAUAUCCAAUCUGUGACAAAGAAUCAUAUGCUGAAGUACUCUCUAGCCCAUGCCUUCUGCUGUUUCCUGGCUGCAGUCGAAGAUGUUAAUCCAGCAGUGGCUACAAGAGCCAGACUUCUGCUUGAUUCCAUUAAAAGACCAGCUUUACAAGGUCUCUGUCUUUGCCUCGAUUUUCAGUUUGACACUGUGGUGAAGGAUAGACCAACAAUCCUCAGCAAAUUAUUUCUGCUUCAUUUCUUAAAGCAAGACAUUCCAGCUUUAAGCUGGGAGUUCUUCGUCAAUAGGUUUGAUACCCUGUCUCUGGAGGCUCAACUUCAUUUGGACUGCAAUAAGGAGUUUCCAUUUCCUACAACUAUAACUGCUGUAAGGACAAAUGUUGCUAACCUAAGUGAUGCGGCCAUGUGGAAAAUCAAGCGAGCUCGCUUUGCACGAAACCGACAGAGGAGUGUGCGUUCCCUUAGGGACAGCGUGAAAGGUCCAGGAGAGUCAAAGAGGGCACUUUCUCUUCCAGAAACACUAAGCACCAAACUGCGUCAGCAUACUUCAGAGGAUGAUGCAAUUAUUAAGGACCCUUUACCAGAGGAUGCUGGGAUUGAUCAUCAAACAGUUCAUCAGCUAAUCACAGUUCUAAUGAAAUUCAUGGCAAAGGAUAAAAGCAGUGCUGAAGCUGAUAUCAGCAGUGCCAAAGCGUUCAACACAGUAAAGCGACACCUGUAUGUGUUACUUGGCUAUGACCAGCAGGAGGGGUGUUUCAUGAUUGCCCCUCAGAAAAUGCGAACUUCCACGUGCUUCAAUGCCUUUAUUGCUGGAAUAGCGCAGGUUAUGGAUUAUAACAUUAGUCUGGGCAACCAACUCCUUCCUCUGGUGGUGCAAGUGCUUAAAUAUUGCACUUGUCCACAGCUACGCCAUUACUUUCAGCAACCUCCACGCUGUUCUCUUUGGACUCUGAAACCUCAUAUACGACAGAUGUGGCUGAAGGCUUUGCUAGUAAUUCUGUACAAGUAUCCCUAUAGAGACUCUGAUAUUAGCAAGAUUGUACUGCAUCUGAUUUAUAUCACGAUUAAUACACUUAAUGCACAAUAUCACAGCUGUAAACCCCAUCCCACUGCUGGACCGCUUUACAGUGAUAAUAGUAACAUGAGCAAAUACAGUGAGAAGGAAAAAGAAGAAGAUAGUGUAUUCGAUGAAUCAGAUGUACAUGACACCCCAACUGGAGCUUGCAAUAAGGAGCCACAAACGUUCUUUGCAAGACUGAAGAGGAUAGGGGGGAGUAAAUCAGUAAAAUAUCAACCAGUUGAGAUGAAUGCACAGAAGAGCUCAGAGAUAGAGCUGUCAGAAUACAGAGAUUCCAGUCUUUUGCCAGACAGUAUAAUGCGCUGUGGUACAUCUCCACAAUUGCAGGAAGGCAUUGCUCAAAAGAAAAAAUUAUAUGCAAUUAAGCAGCAGUCACUUGACAUAGGAAAUGCAGAUUCUGUCCUAUAUUCUUUAGAUGAACAUCGCAGAAAGUCAUGUCUGGAUAGAUGUGAAUCUAUAAGACAACCAAGCUUUCCUUCCUGCUAUCCUCAGAUGGAAAGCAUGUAUAGAAGACCAGAGCAGGAUUUGCAUUUCAGUGCAGAAAUUGGAGAACUUCAGGAAAAGUCUUCCGCUGUGGAAAAUUCUCAAGAAGGGAAGCGGCCGGUAAUACCAGAAUUGAGACUCAGUUGCACAGAUAUGUUUGAGGCCAAACUUGAAUCUCCUGAGAAACAUCUUUCCUUCCACAAAGAAGAAAACAACCUAAUUGACUUAUCUUCUGACUCAUCAUCUGCCCAUGAGAAGCAAUCAAUUCUAUCAAGUUCUGAUAGUGAUUCAUUGGUUUUUGUGCCUCUCCCUCCUCUCAGAAUUGUAGAAAGUGAUGAGGAAUAUGAAAUGCAGAAUACCCCUAAUAACAAACCGAAUGGGAAAACUAAUUCAUUAUCUCACAAUACUGCAUCACUUAGCUUGAAUGUUACACCAGUUGUAAAAGUCAAUGUUGAAGAUUGCUCAAAAGACUCAAAAUGUCUGGAUUUUGGUAAUACUUCUUUGCUAGACACUGAGAAUAUUUUGUCAGUAGCUCUUGCAGAUGAAAAACGCUUUGAAAAUCUAACACCACAGAAAAAUUUAAUGUGUUCUGGUUGUGAAAGCCCACUAACUCUUAAACAGAAACGAGAAAACCUCAAGAAAUCAUUGGCUGUGCUGGACAUAUCGCAGGAUGACACUGACUUUUUGCAUAGAGAUGAAAUGAAACUUGAAAGCCCAUUACCAAGUCCCAUGGUUAAAACGGUAUUUCUCAAACUCCCUACGGAAAUUGAACAGAAUGAAAAGUCAAACACAGAGCUGUCUACUGAUAAAGACACUGACCAAAAAGAUGAAAGUGGUGAAGAAACAGAAUUCAAAAUCCAGAUUGUUCCACGGCAGAAGAAGCAACGGAAGAUUGCGGUUAGUGCUAUUCAGAGGGAAUACCUUGACAUUUCCUUCAAUAUUUUGGACAGAAUUGGAGAUCAAAGAGACACUGAUCAGUCUGUUAAAGGUCUUUCAGCUCUGGAUAUGCCAAGAGAAUCUGCCUCUGCUCCAACACUAGAAGCAGCUGUGCCAGAGACCAGUAGCCACUCUUCCAUAUCAAUUCAAUAUAGGCAAAUGCAAAGGGGAUCUCUGGGGGCCCUGACACUGAACCUGUUAAUGAAGAGACAACUGGAACACCAGUCCAGUGUACCUCACAACAUCAGUAACUGGGACACUGGUGCUACGAAAUCUAGUUUGCUCUCAGCACAGAGCAUAGUCAGCAUGUUUGUUCCUGCACCAGAGGAAUUUACAGAUGAUCAGCCAACUCUAAUGUCAGAUAGGUGCCUUGACUGUGGAGCUGUUCUUGAAGAAUAUGAUGAAGAAACUUUGGGAUUGGCUAUUGUUGUGCUUUCAACGUUCACUCACUUGAGCCCAGACUUAGCUGCCCCCUUGUUGCUUGAUAUUCUGCAGUCAGUUGGAAGACUGGCAUCAAGUACCCUUUUUCCUGGUCAAGCAGAAAGCAUGAUGAUUCCUGGCAAUGCUGCUGGAGUGGCAAAGCAAUUCUUACGCUGUAUUUUUCAUCAGCUUGCUCCCAAUGGUAUACUUCCGCAGCUAUUCCAAAGCAACAUUAAAGAUGGAAGCUUCCUUCGAACUUUGGCCUCAUCUUUGAUGGACUUCAAUGAGCUGAGUUCAGUGGCAGCACUGAAUCAACUACUGGAGGGUUUAAACAACAAGAAGAGCCUGCCAGCAGGAGGAGCUAUGCUUCGUUGUUUAGACAACAUCGCCACUUACAUGGAAGCUCUGCCUAUGGAUUUACCUAGCAAUCUAUGGACUACAAUAUGCAAUCAGUUUCAAACAUUUUUGACGAAACUGCCAUGCAUACUGCCACUGAAGUGCUGCUUGGAUUCUAGUUUAGCAAUCAUGAUCUGUCUUCUCAAGAUACCUACCACAAGUGCAACACGGAGCCUUUUGGAGCCAUUUUCCAAAUUACUGAGUUUUGUGAUUCAGAAUGGAGUCUUCAGCCUUGUGUACCUUGUUGAAUUGUGUGGAUUGUGUCACCGAGCAUUCAAUAAGGAGCGGGAUAAAUUCUACCUUUCAAGAAGUGUUAUAUUGGAAUUGUUACAAGCACUGAAGUUAAAGUCUCCAUUACCAGACACCAACCUAUUGUUACUAGUGCAGUUUGUUUGUGCAGAUGCUGGAACUAAAAUAGCUGAAUCAACAAUUCUGCAGAAACACAUGAUUGCGUCAGUUCCUGGAUACACAACUGCAGCAAUGGAGUGCAUGAGGCAGUAUGUAAGUGAACUGCUGGACUUUAUAGCUGAUAUGCACACGCUGACCAAAUUGAAGGGUCACAUGAAGACUUGUUCUCAACCUUUGCAUGAAGAUACAUUUGGCGGGCACCUUAAAGUAGGAUUAGCACAGAUAGCAGCAAUGGAAAUUGCCAGAGGAAAUCAUCGUGAUAAUAAAGCUGUCGUUCGCUACUUACCAUGGCUGUAUCAUCCUCCCUCUGCCAUGCAACAAGGUCCAAAAGAAUUUAUUGAGUGCGUUUCCCAUGUUCGUCUUUUGUCAUGGCUGCUACUGGGGUCUCUUACACAUAGUAUUGUGUGUUCAGGAUCCACUUCAUGCAUGCCUAUUCCCUUGGAUGCUGGUCCACAUAUUGCAGAUCAUCUUAUAGUUAUCUUGAUUGGAUUUCCUGAACAAUCCAAGACUUCUGUAUUGCACAUGUGCUCCCUAUUCCAUGCAUUCAUCUUUGCUCAGCUUUGGACAGUCUACUGUGAACAAGCAGCUUCUGUUCCUGCACUACAAAACCAGAAUGAGUUUGUCUGCACAGCCAUUCUGACUGCCCUUGAAUUCUGGAGUCGGGUGACACCUAGUAUUUUACAGCUGAUGGUUCAUAACAAAGUGAUGGUAGAAAUGGUUUGCUUGCAUGUUAUCAACUUGAUGGAGGCUCUACAGGAAUGCAAUUCAACCGUCUUCGUGAAGCUUAUACCAAUGUGGUUACCGAUGAUUCAGUCAAAUUUAAAGCAUCUAUCAGCAGGUUUGCAACUGCGUCUUCAAUCAAUCCAAAACAAUGUCAACCAUCAUGUCUUGCAGUCAUUCCAGGGAUCUGGGCCAAUGAGCACAAGUUCAUCAGUACUCCGUAAAUGGCUGCAAUGUACUCAGUUCAAAAUGGCUCAGGUGGAAAUACAGUCAUCAGAAGCUGCAUCUCAAUUUUAUCCUCUUUAA